GGUAUCUUGAAGAACCUUAUGAAGACUUGGUGCUAGUUAUUUCAUUUAUAGUCUCCGAUCAUCGUUUACUUCCUGGCUCACAUCAAGGUGUGCCGCACCAUUUGCGAGUAUGUCGUGGUUUUCCUAGCGCUAUGGACGAUACUGCCCCUAAGCCGAUUCGUCUGUGCGGGAGCCUAUGCAGGGGUAGAGGAUGACUACUACAAGGAAGAGCUCCUGGCCGUAUCUUUAUUCUGCGGCAUCGGGUUCCUGGUGCCUUACAUGCGGAUUUUUCUCUACACCUUCCGCUGCACUAUUCAUGCCGAAAAAGGGAACUCAGAGGGUGUCGGAAUCUGGUUUUUGAGAGUUUGUUUCCAGGCUUGCGCACCCACCGUGACGCUGCUCGGUUUCGUUGUUUGCCUCGGAAGAACGCCGAACUUGCCGCUCUGGCUCCGUAGCUUCGUUAUUCUUCUCGAUGUAAUAUUGUUCAUUUCGGCUCUUCCUGAGUCCAGCCCCGGAAAGCGCCCGCACAAACUGAGGGAGGCGCUGUACGACGAGUUGAGGAGUUUUUUUUGGAUGGAUGGAGGAGGGUCGCGGUGAGAUAAGGCUUGAGAAGUAUGACUGAUGAAAUACUCAGCUUUGUCACCAAUUUACGCAACUGUCCUUGCUGCUAUUUGGGUUGAUUCGAGGAAGGUUUAACAAUCUGCAGGAACUAUCCCUUGUGAGUGUUGUACUGUAUAUCUAGGUAUAGUCGUCUAAGAACGAGCUCGAAGAAUGCCUGGGAUCAUCGACUUUUAUCUCACUCAGAUUCUGAAACCCUAGCAAUAGGGCAUCUAAACAGCAGCAAGAUAGUACACAUAGCUCCGGGAAUCCCUAUUACAAAGGCUCUACCUCUCAAUACCUUCACA